GAAAAUUUGUCAUUCUCCACUUUGGCACAUAAUUUUCUUUUGUGUAUUUGGUAUGUUUGUAUCGUAUUUUAGCUCUUUUUGUGUGAGAAAAAAGUCUCAGGCUGGUUAAGUAACUUUUGCAAUGAUGUCGUAGGCAUAUGUGUGAUUUGAAGUGAGUGAAUCCGCUGAAAUUAAUGGAGUUGAAGGUCUGGGUUGAAGGAAUACAAAGGAUUGUUUGUGGGGUCACAGAGACCACUACUUGUCAGGAUGUAGUUUUUGCUUUAGCCCAUGCCACGGGCAAAGUGGGCAGAUUCACGCUGAUAGAGCGGUGGCGAAAUAAUGAACGUCUUUUAGCCCCUCAAGAGUAUCCACUGAAGAUACUAAUGAAAUGGGGUGAAUAUUCAAAUGAUAUACAGUUCAUAUUAAGGAGAUCAGACUCUGGUAAUACACAAAAGCCACAGCCGGUCUCAAAUAACUCUAGAUCCCCAGUGGCAAAUUGCAGUGGCCAUAAUGCUUCAAACCCAAAUAUACUAGAGAGUCAGAACUCUCCCAACCGAAUGAACACCACCCCAACAUAUAACAAUAUAAAUACGUCCCCUGGGAACCCAGUGGGAGUCGUCAAAGGGGUUCAGCAGUCGAAAACUCCUGAAUCUGAUAAUACUGUGAUGAAAGAUGUUCCUCCGUAUAGGGAGCCGCCUCCGCCGUACCGUUCGCCGCCGCCCCCCUCCCAGCCGCACAGCAAGGCCCCGCAGCGCGCGCGCCUGUCCCCGGCCGGCCCGCCCGACGAGGACGCGAGGAGCCCGGAGGCUGUCAGCUACAACACCCAGUACCGGGAGCUCGUGUCUCUGGUCAACUACCAGCGGGAGAAGCUGUCUAGCCAGCAAGUCGAUCUUAUUAAGUACGAUGCUGAGAUUGGGUACUGGGAGAACAAGGGUCGCGAGCAGGAGCGCCAGGUGGAGCUGCUGCAGCAACAGAUCAGCUCCGCCGACAACCAGCUGCGCAUCAGCACGGAACAAGUGCAAGCCCUAACCUACAUAGAGGAAGAGAGCGAGCUAGUGAAACAGAACGAGAAGACAAUAAAAUCGGAGAUAGUUCUGGUGAGAUCGAAGCUGGCCAACUGCGAGACGGAGCUGCUGCAGUGCAGGAACAAGAUCCGCAAGCUGAUGGAGGAGAUACACAACGAGCAGAGGGUUAUUAACAGCAGGCAGCAGGAAAACAGGCAAGCACUGGAGAGAUCAAUGUUAGCAGAGAUGGAAAACCUGCAGAGUCAGAUCCAGCAAGCCAAGCACGCCACCGAGAUCAACCACCUCACUGCGGAGAAUCUCAAGCGAGAGGUGGGAGUGUUGGAAGAUGCUAUAAUGGAGAAGAAGCGUCAAGUGGAGAGGUUGGUGCAGGAGAUGAAGGAAGCGAACCUUCAGAGUUUGACCGGCAGUGUGGACGAACUGAGGCACCCAUUAGACGGGUUAUGCAAAGCGGGCAGCGCGCGGCGCAUCAUCGGGUCGCCGCGUCAGCUUGAGAACGCCGCUCCCACCAACAAGAACCCUCAUGGGGUUUGGGUCUAACUCAUCGCUACAUGUCCUCGGUUACAUUCGAGGCUGUGACGCCGCGAAGCUCGGGGUCAGCGAAAAAUAACCUUGAAAUUUUGAAGAUUCGACUGUGAUUUUACUACUUUACUGCCUUGACGUCAACCCUUUUUGGCAAUGCUAUUGUUGCCUAUCAGCUGUCUAUGCUAUGUGUCCCUUAGUCGCUUCUUGCGACAUCCACGGAGAGAUCCACGGGAGUAUAUGGAGUGGACCUAUUCAAGGGUCCACACGCCUCACGGAUCUCCAUGAAGUGGACACCACAACCGUCCGCUACUUGGAAGUCCUGGGUUCGAUUCACAUUAAGUAUGCGGUUCUUGGUGUGUUAUCCCCGUUUCUAUGUUUGUGUCCAUUGGACCUAUGAUACAGGCAUACAAGAGUUGUCCAUAAUAAUAUUAUUAUAAUAUCAUUGUAAUACCCAUAAAGCUGUCAGAAUUAAUUCUAGGUUCUGUAAAAAAAAUAACAUGCAAUAUCUUUGCUAUACCCUAAAAUUGAAACAAUAUCCAUAUUAUUCAUAAAAUAAAAGAAGUUUGUUCUUUUCUCUCUCGGAACAAUAACUAAACGUUUCUCUCUUUUCAAUGCUUGACAUUAAAAUUAAAAAAACGAGACAAAACGAAAAAUAAAUAUUCUGGGUCUAAACAAAGAAUUUUUUUGGUAAUAGAUGGUAUGUGUAGAAAACAUCGGUCUAUUCAUUUUCAUUUUCGGCCUAUUGUAACUUGUUGAUUACACGAAUUCAGAAGGGAUUCAAAAUGAAAUCAUAUUGUGUAAGUUUGCCUAUUUGUGUAUUUGCUGCCUUUUUUAGAUAAAUUGAUGUUAAAAAAUGAGGGACCUAAGUAUUGGCUUAAUAUACUGAAGAACUUAUAUAGGAUUGACAAUACGCGUCCAUGCUAUGCUACAGCAACACUAGGUGCUCAAUUUGCUUGGUUGCGAAUUUAGAUUAGUAGAGAUAUAGUAGUAUUAUGCGACCAUGUGAAAUAGACGCAAGUGCUGCGCCUUCAUUGCGGUCUAACCUCGUUUGCCAUUUUAGAAAAUGAUGAACAAAUCUCCUGUUUAGAUAUUAUUCAUAUCUUCUUAUUUUAUUACCAUAAUUAUAUUACAUGAGAUAAACAAAUGUUAUUUUAGUAUGAUUAGGUUUUGUGUUCAAAUUAGUGUCAUAUUAUUGUUUUGUCACAAAAUAUUAUUUAGGGAGCGAUAAAAAUAUCAGCCGAUAUUUUUGUCUGAUACAAGUAUUAUCUUGUCUUGCCGUAUUUAAUUUUUAAGUUGUGUUGUGUGUGCUAUUUAGUGAAGUGUGAAGUAAUCGGUUUUUAAUAUCGAACUGCGCAAAGGCAGAUGUAGCCAAUUCAAAUGUUUAUUUCUGGGAAAAUUGUAAUAUUUUCUACAUUCAGAGUGAAUAUUAAUUUGGAUCAAGGUUACAAGAUUGUGUUGUGGGUUUUACCAUUUUGAACGCAAGUUCAGACAAUGAUCUUAUUACUAUAGUUUAGUGAAUUAUUUAGACAAAUGGUACUAUAUUGUAUUUUAUGGGUUUCAUAUAAAGUAGUUGAUUCUGCGUAUACUUGCAAUAUAGAGAAUAAUUAUAUUAUUGAUAAUAAUAAUCUAGUCGAAAGUUUAAGCCAUUGCAAUAUUUUUAAACAGUAAUAAUUGAUUAUAGAAAUACAAGAAUCGUUGCAUUUAUAUCGUAUUAUCCAGAAAUUUAUCAAGCAUAAUAGAAUAUAACAUUUUAAAUUGAGACUUGAAUAUAUUUGUACGACUUAAGAGUAGAUAAUAUUCUGCAUGGUUACUAAUAGUAGUUAGAAUUGUGUAUAAUUCAUGUACUUAAUAAAGUGAAAUAAAUAA